UAUAAAAAUAUAUAUAGUAGAAUGCACAGCUGUUAUUUCAAAAUACAACUCUGCUGCAUAUCUACUCUUGCGGAGGCAUAUUACCUACAUUGAACGCAGCCAUAUAAACAAACGAGAAUUUUAUUUACUUCCAAAGUUUUUUGCAAUGUCCGCAUAUGAUAACGUCAGGGUUGGAAAAUUGGUGUUAAAGGGCGAAAAGCCAAAAAAGUCAAAAAAGCACAAACGAGACAAGGAGCACAAAGAGAAAAAUAAGGCGAAAAAACGCAAAACAGAGGUAGAUGAGGAUGCACUUCGUCAUGGCGGUUGGUGGUUGGCAAAGAGUGUACCUGAAAUCACCGGAGCAGUUGCCAUUGAGUUUGGAGAACGUGCUUAUUUAAAAGCCCUUGAUAAUGGACUAUUUACGUUAGGGCCGUCGCACAAUGACGGCGAAGGCCCAGACCCAGAAGAAGUAUUUACAGCAUUUUCAAUAAAUGAGACAAAGAUAUCCAUUAAAUCUGGCUACGGAAAAUAUUUGAAAAUAGAAAAAGAUGGCAUGGUUACUGGGCGCUCAGAGGCGGUUGGCAGUAUGGAGCAGUGGGAGCCCAUAUUUCAGGAUGGCAAAAUGGCUUUAUUAUCUGAAACCGGUUUUUUCAUGUCAAUUGAUCCCGAAGAUGAUGCCUGCGUAGCGCUACGCAGAAAAGUGACCGAACAUGAAAUAUGUAAAAUUCGCUGCAACGCACAACGUGAAGCAGAGGAGGACGAGGAACCGAAGGAAGAAAAGGGCGACUUAACAGAAGUAGAGAAAAAUUAUGUGAAAAAGUUCCAAAAAUUCCAGGACAAGAAAUUGCGCAUCAACAAAAAUGAUAUCAAGGAACUAGAAGUGGCAAAAGACCAUGGCACUUUACAUGAGGCGCUGUUAGAUCGCCGUAGUAAAAUGAAAGCAGACAGAUAUUGUAAAUAAAUCAUUUAGUGCAAUCACUAAAAUUAUUACUAGUUUAAAUUGCGAACAUUGUUUCACGACUAAAAAAUUUUAAUGGUGAAAAAAAACUGCUCUUAAUUAUUAUGUAUUUAUAAAUAAAUUUCAACAUAAAAACGGGAAAAUGUCUUAAUAAAUAAUCGGGAUAAUUAAAGUUACAGUAUAAUUCAUUAUAGUUGCUCCUCGGCUAGUAAUUGCACAAAUAUAAGAAUUUUGUGGUGAUUACUGCCACAAAUCACAGAAGUUGUUUUUAGGAGGAUACCAGAGCUUUUCCCUCAAAACAAUAAUAAAAUAUUCUAAGCGAAUGAGUCUGUGAUUUGCAGAUAAUACACGAUUGCGUCUUGUUUUAAACAAAUGCAUAAUAAUUUUUGUGAACUUGGUGCGUUGCUUCAUAAGCGAAAGUAUAAUUAAAAUGUCAAUUCUGCAUAAGCUUUUUAAUGUGUAAUAAAAUUUAGUGAUUCAUAAUGAAACAGGUAUAUUAUUUUUUCUCUGUAACUCCCGGCCUGAGUAAUAUUUUCUUCAGAGUUAAUAUCUAUUCGUGUACUUACAAUACAACGAACGAAAAAUCAUUUAUGUAUUUUUUAUGGACAAAUAGCAGCAAUCGGCCAAAACCGAAUUUUUAAUAAUUUAAAUCACGUAUAUGUACUAUCAUCAUACUUAAAUUCAUCCACAAUUUUUUGAAAUAAUAAAUAAACUUGGUAUUAAUA